GUGAGGUGACCUUGUACGUGGGGUCGCUGUCUUGGGGGCAAGGAUGGCUGUCGUCUGCCGCAGGUGAACACUAGAGUCAGAGAACGUUUGCUUGCAGGAAGUGGAGGAGGAGGACUGACGGAUGAUCGGCUCUGGUCCGUAGGGAGGAGAGAUUUGGUGCCGUGGGGGUUUAGACUUAGUUGCUCGAUGUUGACUUAGGAGGGGUCGGGGUCGGGAUCGGGGAUGAGUGGAAUUUGAGGGUCCAGCUCUCGAGAGUGAGAGGUCACGUGGAGGACAGGAAAGAAUCGAGCUGAAGGUUGGAAUUCGGCGGAGCGCGCGUGGAGGGUCGUCGGUCUGGACGAUUCGUGCCAUGGAGAUCGUGAUGCGAGGUUUGUAGAGGAGGGCAAGUUCGAUCUGGAGCAGGAAAAGGAUGGCAGGCGCUGCUACCCGACUGAAAGAGCUGUUCUCAAAGUAUGGAAGAGUAGCGAUGGUUGUACAUUUAUCGGUGUCUGCUGUUUCUUACACGUCAUGUUACGUGCUCAUCAAGAACAAUGUCGACGUGAGUGAUCUGCUGCAGCGAGUUGGACUCGUCUCCUCGGCGUCCAAGGACCCGCAAGAUCUGAAAGACGGGACCGUGACAGAGAAGGUGGACAAUGCAGGGCUGAAAGUGCUGGAAGAAGGCGGAGCUUUCGCCGUCGCGUUCCUGUGCAACAAAGCUCUCAUUCCUGUUCGAAUUCCUCUUACGGUUGUGCUCACUCCACCCAUCGCCAGGAUGUGGGCUCAAAGGCGGUUCUUCCGAAAGUCGUAGUGUUUAAUGAGUAUUUCCAUGAAGCCGAUUCCCCCCGAAUCCACGAUGCACAUAUCCCGUCGAUCAGGUACAUGAGCUUGUACCCAGUUCUGUCGAAUUUAUUCCCGUCUCCUGAAUUGAAGUUAGGGCCAGCUCCUACUGGAAUCAUUACGGGAAUUGGACUAGAUGCCCUCGUGCGUGACAAAGUUUUGACAGAUUGCCUCAAGACUUAGAGCACUUUGGGGACCUCUUUGUGAGGGUAGGUUCCAAAUUCUUCAAUGAACGUGCUCCCGACCUCUCACUCUUAGUUUCACCCCAACACGCUUGUUGCUCGAGACUUCCAGCUAGUCAUCGGCACAAAUGAUGUGUCACAUUUAUGUAACAGAAAGAGUUUCCGUAUCUCCGGUUGUUGUUGGUUGGAAGUGAAUCAAUCAAGGUGUUUUCCUGUACCGCUCCCA